AAAGAUUCCAAUGGCAAACAAAAUGUCAAUAACACGUUCUUCUCUCUUGCCUUUAGGGUACCGCUGUGAAAAGGAGACCGACGAGGAGAGGGGAGACAGCUGCGCUCAAACACCAUGAUGCGACAAUUUAACGAUGGUCGCCCCUCAGAACAGAAACAUAAACCAAUCUGAGCCUGUGAGAAGCUUCAUCUCGACGAGCCUUCACCCUGAAUUUGACUGCAGGCAAAACUCCCUGAAUGGAACACCUAGUAAAGAGAAACACCCACCACUUUUCUGCAAAGGUUCGGUACGUGAGGACGCAACCAUCCUUCAAUGAAUGGGAAAACAACUUUAGGGUUGUUUCUGGCACUGAGCACCGGUUAACAUCCAGCUGAAUCUUCAAUCACAUCCGUUCAACUGUAUUGACCUCACUGCCCUUUGCCCUCUCAUACGAUUUUGGCCACUGUGCAUCUCUUAAAGAAGCACCAAUGGCCCGCAGUGUGAGCAUGGUGAUCAGUGCCUUCUUCUGGUCUGUGGCUCUUGUUUAUGUGACUCAUAUCAGUAAAGUCAAUGGAGACUGCUGGUUAAUUGAGGGCGAAAAGGGCUUCGUGUGGCUGGCGAUUUGUAGCCAAAAUCAACCCCCUUAUGAGGCCAUCCCCCAACAUAUCAAUAGUACCAUCGUUGACCUUCGUCUCAAUGAAAACAAAAUCAAAAGCAUCCAAUACUCUUCUCUGAGCCGCUUUGCCAACUUGACCUACCUGAAUCUGACAAAGAAUGAUAUCUCUUACAUAGAAGAUGGGGCUUUUUCUGCCCAAUUCAAUCUACAAGUCCUCCAGCUAGGCUUCAACAAGAUGCGGAACUUGACAGAGGGGAUCCUCCGGGGGUUGGGCAAGCUGCAGUACCUCUACCUCCAGGCUAACCUGAUUGAGACUGUGACCCACAAUGCCUUUUGGGAAUGCCCCAACAUUGAGAACAUUGACCUCUCCAUGAACCGAAUCCAGCAGUUAGACGGGUCCACCUUCGCCAACCUGAGUAAGCUCACGACCUGUGAGCUGUACACCAACCCGUUCAACUGUUCCUGUGAGCUGCUCGGCUUCGUCAAGUGGCUCUCGAUUUUCCCCAACAGGACCAAUGAGAGGAUGGUGUGCGACUCCCCACAAGGUGUCUCUGGUUACAGCCUUCUGAGCACGCUUCCCAAUGACCAUACGUACAGGAACGCUCUUUACAUGCUCACCACUGUGUGUACAGAUGACUACGUGACCCCGUACAUUCCCAUUCCCCCGGAGCUCACCACCCCACAUCCUGACACCACCCCCUGUCUGCUGGACGACUGCUACUCAGGUACAGAGCCGGAUGACAUCAUCACCACCACGACGUACAACAACGAAGUGGAAGUCAAGCCCAAGAUGAAACUGAAACAGGUGUCUGACACAGGGGCCAUCAUCAGUGUGCAGAUCCCUCACCCCUACAAGAAGAUGUACAGCCUGGUACAGUACAACAACAGCUUCUUCACCGACAUACAAAACCUGAAAGUUAUCAAGGAGGACAUUGAGCUCAAAAACCUGAAACCCCACACUGACUACAUGUACUGCGUCGCUUCUAUACGAAAUUCUCUCAGAUUUAACCACACCUGUCUGCAAAUCACUACAGGCCCAUGGCAUGGGAAGGGCAGAGCAGAAAACAACGCGGCCGCGACCCACUACAUAAUGACCAUUCUGGGAUGCCUAUUCAGCAUGAUCAUUGUCUUGGGGGUGGUCUAUUACUGCUUGAGGAAAAAGCGCCAACUAGAUGACAAGCACAAAAAGACAGAGAGUCUGAAGAAGAACCUUAUGGAACUCAAGUAUGGACAGGACCUUGAAGGGGGAACCAUGCCACGCAUGUCCCAGAAGCAGAUGAUGGCUGGAGAACCCAUGGGCCGAAUGCAGUACAUGCAGCCUGGAAAUGAGAUGGAUCAAUACAAGUUCCAGGAGCUAAGUGACAUGCCUAAGAUGAACAAGGGGAAUUACAUGGAGGUGCGGGGUGGGGACCACCACGAAUGCAGGGAAUGCGAUAUGGGAAUGCCCGGCAACAGCCAAGGCUCUGUUGCAGAGAUUUCUACCAUUGCAAAGGAGGUGGAUAAAGUAAAUCAGAUCAUCAACAACUGUAUAGAUGCUCUGAAGUCAGAAUCCACCUCAUUCCAGGGGAUGCAUUCCGGAGCGGUGUCUAAUGCAGAACCCCAGCUGGUACUAUUGUCAGAACAUCCCCAGAGUAAAUCGGGCCUUCUGUCGCCAGCAUACAAUGACAGCUACCACCACUCGUUGCAGAGACACCGAUCCUCCGACGUGUCCCCAAAGAGGCCCAGCACUGCCACGGGCGGACCUAUGAGGAGCCCCAGGCCAUACCGCUCCGAGUCAAAGUACCUAGAGAAGAACUCCCCCACGGGAGAGACCAUCCUCACUGUGACGCCCGCCGCCGCCAUCCUGAGGGCGGAGGCGGAGAAGAUGCGUCAGUACAGCGACCACCGCCACUCCUACCCCGAUCCCCAGAUCGAGGAACUCGAGGGACCCGACGGCCACAAGUCCUCCAUCCUGGAUCCGCUCACCCACUCCCGCACCAGAGACUUAGCCUACUCCCAGCUCAACUCCCAGUACCACAACAUGAGCUACGCCUCCAGUCCAGAGUACUACUGCAAACCUUCCCAUAGUAUCUGGGAGCGGUUUAAGCUCCGGGGGAAACGGCAUAAGGAUGACGAAUACAUGGCCGCUGGGCAUGCGCUGCGCAAGAAAGUGCAGUUUGCGAAAGACGAGGACUUACAUGAUAUUUUAGACUACUGGAAGGGUGUGUCUGCUCAGCAUAAGUCGUAACUGUUCUGAGUGGAAACCACAGAUGCUUACAAAGGCAUAACGACUUUGUGUGACAAAUAUUUCAACGGAUACUUCCAUAUUGCUACUCAUUUGUGUGUAUCACAUUCGAUUUUGAUUGUGAGGAAGAUUAAUAUUUGACUUAUCAUACUAAUUACAACAUUAACGGGGGAAACCUUUUACUGAGUAAGGAUAAAAUAUACUGCAAAUUGAGAACGUAUUUGUUGCAAUGGAUUAUAGGUUUUUGGGUAAUGCAUGCCCAAGUCCUGUGACAGUGGAAUUUGCUGUUGUGUACUUUUGAGAAUAUUAUAUGAAGAAUAUGUGUCUACUGAAACGUCAAUAUUUUUCUUGGAAAAACUAUGUGAACCACGAAACAUUAAUUUACUACCUUCCUACAGUAUAUUUCAAUAAUAUAAAUUGUACAGAAAUGGUUUCCGUAUUUGCUGUAAAAAAAAGAAUUGAAGCAUUGUAGAGAAUUGUUUAGAUAAUGCCAAUGUGGAGCUGGGGGUAUUAGAGGAAGGGCUCUCUCCAGGAUGCCAUGUCUUACUUUAAACCUAUCAGAAAGCCUGUUACCAUCCCCACUCAAGUAACCCCUUUAUCACCUAUCACACCCCGUUGUUUUUUUCUAUUUAUUUUCACCAUAUAAAUGUUCACACCCACACAUUAAAGAAAGCCAGUCCCAUUGUCUGCAACUGCCCAAAUAAAAGUGCACAGCACUCAGAUGGUGUCUCUGUUAGACUUUACACUUAUACCUACCAUCUCUGGCAAAGACGUCAUGAACCACCAGUUGUAGAGGAACCUCAGAUGUUUACAAUAUUUCUAGAUGGUAUUAAUAGUCUUAAUGACGUCAACACAGAUUCAUAUUAAAUUCACACACUUGCUCCUUAGCAAAUCCAUAUAUUGGAGAUAUUCACAAUUUUCCCAUAUUGUUUCCUCACUGUAACAUCAAUAGAUUUGUAUUCAAGAAGAUUCCUAACCCAGAUCAUGGUUUAAUAACUUGAACAUAGAAUUUAAAACUAUUCUUGAAAUAACAACCCAGUAUUAUCUCACCUGUUGUUUACAAUAGGUGCGCAGAACUUUCUGUCCUACAGCCCGAUUGAUGAAUGUAAUAACAUUCUGUCUAUGGCAGCUUUUACAGAUCUUUUCAACAAAGACAACGCUAUUAAAAAACACUUUUUUGUUCGCUCCGGUAUUUCAUUUUCCAUUGUAUUAUAUUGUAAAGAUUAAUGUUGAAUCCAUGAAAGAAAAAAGUGUAGUCUAUUUUGAUAGAUGGGCCUUGUUGCUUGUAAAAAAUGUUUCAUUUUCUCUUUAUGGCUAGGUUGUUCUAACUUUUUGUAUAUUAUGAAGCUACCAGAUAAGUAUAAACUUGCUAUAGUUAAAUUUGAGAAUGUGAAUCUUAUCCUCUGACUUACUGGCUGUGAAUUUGUAUAUCAUAUACAGUUUUUGGGGUAAAUACAUACAUAAUACACUUAAUUAUACUUUCUUUGUAAGAUGUUUAUAUUGCUCGUUCAUAACAGGCUCAGGAUUUUUACUACAUUCAUGAAUGAGAAAUCAAUGCUAACGACAACAUUUACAAGCGGUCUAAGUGCAACUUUCAAUCAACUGUGCAUGUGAAAUGUUCAUGGCUAUACUAGAUGAAGAAACUAAAGUCUGGUGGCCUUGUAUGCUCCUCUCAUGUAAAUUGAUAACAUCAAACAUAAGACCACAACAUAGAAGAGACGGUACACAAGAUAAUACUGCAAAGCAAGGUUGUCCUAUGCUACACAAUAGGGAUAUUGUAGUUGACGGUUUAGGAGGGAGUUAAUCCAAAUGUAAUUUCUGAAAUAUAGACCUUGUUUGCUCUUUGAGAUUUAUUUUAGAUGUAUUGCAAUGUAAACAUGUUGCAUAUGUUUUGCAUAUACUGUGCACUGAGGCAGUUGUUAUUCAUGAAUGUGCUGAGAGUCAUGUGAUCGGCCUGACGUGAAUGUGCAAUGUAAGCACCUUGUAUUGUGGUAAAGAUUUAACUUGGUUGUCUGACCUUAUAUUUCAACCGCCUUAAACUUUUUGCGAUGUGUGUACAAGUGUAAAAUUUCCUUCUUUUUUUUGUUUUACUUACAAUGUUGAUACUGUUUUACUGGGUCUUCAUUUGUUGUUUUUAUAAACCCAUUUCAGUAUAUUCUCAGAACUGUCAAGAUUUUGAGUUAUUUUUACAGUUAGCAUUGUGUUUUUAUACUGCAAACUGUAGCACUUCCAUGUCUAUUAAGAAGAGCUAAAGUUGCCAAGAGAACAUUUGGAAGAUGAAUGGCUGUUGUUCAAGUGCAUCAAAAACAAUCAAGAGCACAAAACUGUGUUGGUUUUCUUUUUCAUGUAUUUAUUUUAUUUCUCAAUACUAUGUUAUCUGCUUUCAGACAAAGUACUGUGAAAUAAAGAUAAGGGUGCAUCCAUCCAUGUAA